AGGCUACUAAGUUCAUCUGUUUUCUCCCCGUGCUCUUUCUCGUCUACAUUGAAGUGCUCCUACUGACGAUAUCUCGUUUCUUUUUGAGAAAUCUCGUUCUCUAGAGGCACUGCUCGUACUUGAGUCAAGGACAGAACAGAAUUCUUCAGGUUCAAGGUAUGGGAACAGAUGAAUCCACACUGAACACGCUUUAACUUGAUCGGGCAGUGUCGUCCUUGACCACACUCAGUUCCCCUUUGUCCGCCACUUCUCUGUUGCUAAGGCUGCUCCGCGAUUUGGUAUAAAGGCUGCCGUCAAAAACAUUACAACCCCCCAUCUCCAGUCGCGACUGAUACCACACAUCUCCCUGUUCCUAACUCCCCUCUACAGUGUCUUCUUCAAGGCUUUCUCCACUUUGCAUAUCUCAUCCCGUACUUUCAAGAACUCCGCAAGUGGCUCGUACGAGACAUGAUGGGCUUUUUCAUUGGUGCAGCGCCUUAUUUCGACUUUCUCUCCUUGAUGGAACCCUCGGAUCCAACUUGGCGAGACAAGUCGAUACCUGACCUUGACCUCUCUAUGGUUCCCCUUGGGGGCGUUGAGAAGGAGAUGUAUCAGCCUUUCUGUGACGCUGUGAAUGACGCCGGUGUCUGUCCAGGGCUGCAGCUCGUCUGUCUUGCAGAUACAAGGGACAAGGAAGGCUGCAAGCUGCGCCCCGACCUGGCGGUUGUCCCCAAAAAUGCUGCCGAUCUUGACGAUUUUGGCCUGAUGGAGCUCUUCGCCGAGUGCAAACGCCGCCGCGAUGGCGACGCAUUCCAUGAAUCUUACAACGACAAGGACAUUGACCUAGAUUCGGUGGAGAAAAUCGAGGGCAAGAGCGCUGAUUCUCGUGGACAACUGAUCUCGUAUGCCACUGCGACUAUGUCUCGUCAACACAGGGUCUUCAUGUUUUCUAUCUCCAUCUGCGGCGAGUUUGUUCGUUUCCUGCGUUGGGACCGUGCCGGGUGUAUCGUCUCAGAACUCAUCAACUAUCUUGAAAACCCAGAGCUGGUAGCCGAAUUCUUUUGGAGGUACAGCCACAUGAAUGCCGUGGAACGCGGAUUCGAUGUCACUGUCCAACGUGCUACCAAAAGGCAGGCCGACGUGCUAACGGAAGCGAUGGAUACUUUUAUCGAGCAGUCUGCGCCUCGCAACAUGGAAUUUCUUCGUGGCAAUAUGGAUCCAACUUAUGCUACCUAUAAAGUUUGCAUAGAUGACGAAAAGGGACGACAUCGAUAUUUUAUUAUCCGGCAGCCAUUCUGGGAUGCGGACUCGGCUUGUGGACGUGCUACAAGGGCUUAUGCUGCAUACGACAUGAAGCAGAAGAAGCUCGUUUUUUUGAAAGACUCAUGGCGUACCGAAGACAAGGAUAUCAUGUGCGAGGCUGAUAUAUACGAGUACUUGCAGGAAAACAAUGUUCCGUUCCUACUAGAAGUCAUCCUCGCUGGCGAUGUGAUGGUUCACGGCCGUGCUCAGCGAACCUUUUCUGAUCAAUGGUCGAGACCUGAUAGCUUCCCCGAAUGGCGUUUACCUUGUGAUCGACUACGGACACACACACAUUGUCGAAUUGUGCAAGAGCUUGCAUACCCUGUCGCAUCUGCCCAGUCUUCACGGGAAGCUGUUCAAGUUUUCCGCGAUGUGAUCGAAUCGAUACGGAUUGCGUAUCAGUCUGCAAAGAUGCUGCAUCGGGAUAUCAGUACGGGCAAUGUCAUGAUUAAUAAAAACGGCCGAGGGGUUCUCAAUGACUGGGACCAUGGUGUCAGACUGAUUCUCAAUCGUGUUCCUCAUUCGUUUCGCACGGGAACUUGGCAAUUCAUAUCUGUCGCUCUGCUUCAAGAACCGAGCAAGUCGCACGAGGUUCACGAUGAUCUUGAAUCUUGUUUCUGGGUGCUCCUCUACAUUUCUCUCCACUAUUUCAAACAUAAUGGGCAUCAAGUGGGCUUUAAGCUUGAUUUCUUUAAUGAAGUCGUAGAAGCUCAGAUUGGCGAUGAUCAGUAUCGCACGUUUGGCGGUAAUCUGAAGGGCAGCCUUCUCACUCUUUCGCAACUCAAGAAAGUACGGUGGGAAUGUCGUCCGCUGGAUGAGCUCAUCCACGUCCUGGCGAAGACAUGGAAACCACUUUAUGAUGAUGAUGAUGAUGAACGAAGGAAUCUUCUCCGUGGUAAUCUUGACAAUGUUACACCGCUCCUGGAGGCCUUUGAUACUGCACUGGCAUCUGAAGAAUGGCCUGAAAAGGAUGCUGUACCGAACCAAUACCCUCGUAAACGGCAGCGGAGUAUCGAUCAGGCAAUUGCAAGAGCUAAAACGGAACGUAUAGCGACCGUCGUUCGCAAUACUCAAGCCCUUGUAACUCGGACAGGCAGUCUGGCGUCGCGUGCGGUACCCGCUCAGCCUGCCUUUGCCGCUUCUGCUCUUCGUCCUUCAAGUGCCCUUCGCUCUGACAUUCCCUCUGUGUCAUCAAACAACUUACCACAAUUCGCUCUUCCACAGGACCUGAGUAUAGGUAGUAAGAAAAGAACUGUGGACCAUGCUCAUGCGGAGGAGCCUAAUGUGUCGGCUAGCAGUUCGAAGCGAAUGAAGACAGGGGACCCGCCAUUAUCGUUUGGUCAGCGCCCAGGGUACACACCUCCUGCUCUCGCGCGAUCGCCCACUCUUCCCGCUAGAUUGCCCCCUUCCGGACCAUCCUCCCCUCCUGCUAGACCUCAUCUACCCCCCGCUAAACCAUCGCCCAUUGAUAGACUGCCUUCUCUGCCUACCGUUCGACAUCGAUACCUUACCCGCUCAAGAACAAAGCCUAAUAAAGCUCCCCACGAUGAGAACGGCCCGAAAGAGGCACUUCAGGAGGAUGUUGAGAUGAAACAGGUUGAACAUCGGUACCCGACGCGUUCGAAAUCAAACGAGAAACACCCUCGUCCGCAGCCUCCCCCGAAGCCAUCGACGGCGAAGACUCAGAAUGGCAAGAAAAACAACAAGCCAAGUGGUGGCAAUGACCACAAAGGGACACCUCAGGAGGAGGGUGACACUAAACAGGUUGAGCAUAGGUAUCCAACGCGUUCAAAAUCGAAUGAGAAACAUCCUCGCCCAGAGCGUCCCCAAAAACCAUUGAAUGCUCAGGCUCAGACUCAACAAUCCGACAAGAGGCAUAAUAAGUCAACCACCAGCGAUGGUCGACGGACUCAGGCCAGGUCAAAAGGUCGACGACAACGUCGGUGAUCAUUGUUCACAACAUCUGUUUCUUCUCAUUACAGUAUAUCUUCCUCGUGUAGCUGAAUAUUAUUUGUCUAAUGUAAUACUUGUUCUAACGUUAUUCACUUGUCUCAUACCAUGAUGGCUUCUGAAUCAUCCC